UGAGCAGCGUCGAUCAGUUGGUGUCCUACUUUGUGCGGUUCGGAGUGGCUCGGCCCAGGGGCCCUGUCCGUCCACCAUCAUGGAGUUUCUGCUGGGGAACCCGUUCAGUACGCCGGUGGGCCAGCGGAUAGAGCGUGCAACCAACUCCAGCUCCCCGUCUGAGGACUGGCAACUCAACAUGGAAAUCUGUGAUCUGAUCAACAGCUCAGAGGAAGGAUUCUAGAAAUCUGUGUGAAAAACUGCGGCUACCGGUUUCACAUCCUAGUGACAACACGGGAUUUCAUCGAAGGGGUUCUGGUGCGAGCGAUCAUCCCGAGGAACAACCCUCCACAGGUGGUGCACGACAGAGUCCUGGGCAUCAUACAGGCGUGGGCCGAUGCAUUCCGCAGCUCGCCCGACCUGACAGGCGUGGUCUCCGUGUAUGAAGACCUGCGAAGAAAAGGGCUGGAGUUUCCUGUGGCUCAAGUCGACAGUUAUUCACAUGCUCAAGGCCCAAAAAAGACUUCAGCUGGGAAUGGGCCUGCUGUCACUACUUUACCUGCUGUGCGCUUGUCUUCUAAACCUCCUCUCAUCCCAUCUCAAAUCUCUGAGCUAAAACUGGCRCUGGAAGGAAAUAAUGCCUUCACUCCCAGCCAGGUGAAAAGGCUAAAAACUGAGCUGGGCGUGGUGCGAAGCAACCUGACCACAAUGUCAGAGAUGAUGAGCCAUUUGGACCCAGUGACAGUAAAACAAGCAGACGUGGAGCUGCUGGAGCAGUUAUACACAGUUUGUAAGGAGAUGCAAGGCAGGAUAGUGAAGAUCAUCCCCAGGCUCAGUGAGGAGAAGCUGAUUGAGGAGCUACUGGCAACUAAUGAUGAAAUGAACACCGCCUUCACCCGUUACCAUAGGUUUGAGAAGCGGUUAACAAAUGGUCAAAGCACGGAACAAAAGGAACACACUUAUGUCAACCUGGCAGACUUUGAUUUAUCCGUCAGCCAAUCAGGAGUCCCGUCCGUUAGAAGCGACAGCUCCUUCAGCCUGUCGAAAGCCGACAGUCUCUCCAGUCAGAUGGCAAAACUUAGUACAAGUGAAUCAGAUGACGUGUUAUCACAGAAAGUAAACGUCUUAACUCACCAAGGAAGGAGUUUUAAGAAGGAAGCCUCAGUGGACGGUCUGGCUCAAGCUCAGGWUGACACUUUACAAAACACUGGAAUGGGUGAAAGUCCAGCUUCCUCCCGCAGCUCCUCACCAAAGUUAGAUUGGAUGAUUAAAAGGGGAAUGAUUCCCAUCACUCAAUCGAAUGUCAUGGAUGACAUUGAGAAAUGGCUUGCUUUGGAUGAUGAGUACGAGGACUUUGAGGACUCAGAUGGUGUGACCAGUGAAGAGUUUGACCGUUUUUUGGCAGAAAGAGCAAAAGCAGCCGAGCGCCUGCCGUCUCUGCGAGCCUCUUCACAAGACCUCCACUCCUCUGAGUCCUAAUCUGAUAAACCUGACGAACUAACACAACUCACGAAGCCCUGGCACCGUUGGCUUUGAUGUUGAUGGACGGUCGAGCAGAACAUGUGUCCAAAUCGCAUCUUGUAAUAGAGGAACCACCUUAUACCUGUUUGUGUAAUCUGUACUAGAGAGGAAAGAUAUUUUUAACUGGAAGAAAAUGAGAGUAUCUGCUGAAGGACAGAUGUUUUUAUCUGACAGUAGUACGAGGGUAUGUAUGUGAACAAACUUUUGCACAUUUUAUAUGGCUACAUUCCUGCUGUAGAAGGAAAAAAAGAAUAUUGUUACAACUUUGCAACUUUUCUUAUGUGUUACACUGCUGUUAAUGUGUAUAUAUGUUGGUAAUGUGAAAUGUAAAAGAAAAAGGCACAAGAUUCACUGUAAGAGAAGCUCAGAUGUAACAYACUGUAAGAGUUUACGUUCAUAUUGUUUGAUGUGGAAGAAAGACUAUUUUUACUUCCAAGUCUCCCAUUUAAAGUGUUUUACUUGAAGUUUGAUAGAAAGUCAUGACAAGCUGCUCUCAAAUAUUAAACUAUUAACUGUAAAGCUUAAAAUUUC